AUGUUUGCAUCCAGUGGAAUUGGUUCACUUUUGCUAGAUGGUGGUAUAACUGCUCAUUCAAGGUUUGUAAUUCCAAUCGACAUUAACAAGAAUUCAAUAUGUUCGAUAGAGCCUAAUACUGAGUUAGGUGAUUUAAUUAAAAGAGCAACAUUGAUUAUUUGGGAUGAAGCACCUAUGACUCACAAGCAUUGUUUUGAGGCUCUGGAUAGAACAAUGAGAGAAAUAUCACGUUCCAGUCAACCGAACAUGCAAUCGAAUCCGUUUGGGGGAAAGGUCAUUCUAUUUGGUGGUGAUUUUAGACAAACUCUUCCGGUCAUCCCUAAAGGUACCAGAACAAUGAUAGUCAAUGCUUCUUUGAAUUCUUCUUAUAUAUGGCGGCACUGUAAAGUACUAAAGCUAUCUGAGAAUAUAAGAUUAAGAGUUGGUUGUCAGGAAGCAGAUUUGAAAGAAAUAAAGGAAUUUGGAGAAUGGAUUUUAAAGCUUGGUGAUGGUCUGCUUGGUGAAGAAAAUGAUGGUGAGAUUGAUAUUGAAAUACCAAAUGAUUUACUUAUUCAUGACCAAGUCAAUCCUAUUUCUUCUCUCAUUUCAUAUAUAUAUCCGAACAUGAAUAAGUUUUUGUGGGAUUUAACGUAUUUCCAACAAAGAGCGAUUCUUGCUCCAACUAAUGAAGUGGUGGAUUCAAUAAAUAAAGACUUGUUAGAUAGUCUGCCUGGUGAAGAAAAGGUUUAUUUUAGUUCAGAUAGUUUAUGCCAAUCGGAGAAAGAAUCAGAGCUUAAUAUGGCAUUGUUUCCUCUUGAUGUGUUAAACAAUCUUCGUUUAUCUGGUUUACCUAAUCAUAAAUUAGUACUGAAAGUUGGUGCUCCGGUGAUGUUACUCAGAAACAUUGAUCAGGAAAAUGGAUUGUGUAAUGGUACACGUUUACAAAUCACGAAGCUCAGAAAAGUUGUGAUUGAAGCAAAAAUCAUCACAAGGACUAAUAUAGGUCAUCAUACUUUGAUUUCAAGACUGAAGAUGACACCUUUAGAUAUUAGAUAA